AAGCCUCUCUUCCAGUCAGCAGGUUUUGAAGAAAGACAAUAAUAAGUUCAAAACUUUGCGAUAAACGAUAAAGCUACGGCGAAGCUUUUCAUACGAGAACCACCGAUCGCCUCAAAACGCAGCGUAUAAUGGCUUCCUCUUCUUCUGAGCCACUUGAACUAAUCGUCACCGUCGUCUCAGCGAAGCACCUGAAGAACGUCAACUGGCGCAACGGAGACCUGAAACCCUACGUCGUUCUGUACCUAGACUCGGAUCACCGCCUCUCAACUCGCUCCGACGAUUCGACUAAACCGGUGUGGAACGAGCGGAUCACUCUUCCUCUCACCAGAUCCGUCCACGAAUCGGUCCUCAACGUCGAGAUUUUUCAUUCUAACUCGUCGGAUCUGGGGAAAGCACUCGUCGGAUCGGUUAGGUUUCCUCUGGUUCGAUUGAUUGACUCCGAGGGGGCGAUUAACUCGCUCGAGCUUAUCCGUCCCUCGGGUCGGACUCAAGGGAAGAUUCGCUUGAAGCUCGAGAUCAAGGAGCGGUUGAUCCAACCUCAAAAUUACUAUUCUGCCCCUACUGGUUUACGGCCGAUCCAACCUCAAAAUUACUAUUCUGCCCCUGAAGGAAACCGUUAUUACUCCCCACCUCCAGCUCCGAUCACCUCACCGUCUCCUCAGCGCGAUUACAGAGACUUCUCACCUUAUCCAUACACCGAUCACUACUAUUCCAGAUUCUACUACCCUCCUCCUCCUCCUCCGCCACGUUCUAUGUACGAUCGUGCCUCCAAUUACAGCCUGCCACGUGUCCCAUCUGCUCCGGUUGAUCACAAUCCUCUCCCUCCUCGGUUUCCCAACUACCCUCCACCGCCGCCAUCAGCUCCCGUUGAUGCUUUUCCGGUGAGCGAGGCUCCACAGCGCAGUGAGCCAUCAGCUCCCGUCGAUGCCUUUCCGGCAAACGAGCACAAGCUAGAAGCUCCACCUGUGGGUUCGAGAUUCUCCAGUUACGGAGCGCCGAGUGGUCCAUCGGCGCCAGUGGAUUACUCUCCUUACGAUCACAGGCAGUUGCAGAAGACGGUGGGCGGGCUGAGCUUGGAGGAAGAGAGAGCUGUUGCGGAGAGGUCUGAGAGCGAGUUUGGAGCUAGGCCGAGCAGCAGCUAUGGCCGUGAUUAUCGCCGUGAAUGCUAGGAGAGGAAUGGAGUUUCAUAAGUGUGUGAUGUUAUAAGGCUUUGUUAUCAUCGUAGUUACCCUCCAUGUUGUGUGCUUAUAGAUCACCAAGUAAUGGGUGAUGGAAAGUAUUAUCCUUUGAGGAUAUAAUAUGUCUAUAUGUAUUCGGUUUCUCUUAUGUGUCUGAAGAACAGUUUAGAAGGUUGGCACCCUUUCUGUGCCUUUGUAAAUGUUUCAAAAACAUCUUCGGUAUCUUAUCUUCUUACAGCUUC